AUGGAGCUCGUGUGGGCCGCCUUCGGGCUGUUGGCCGGCUGCGCCGCGCUGGGCGGGGCCAUCGCCGGGCUGCUCGCCGCCCGCUGCACCGUGGGGCCCGGCGCGCCGUGGCCGCGGCGCCGCGGCCGCGGCGGCGCCGGGGCUUCGCCGGAGCUGCGGCGCGGCGCCGCGCCCGCGGAGCCACAGGAGAGCGGCCUCCAGGGGCUCUUCUCCGAGCCGCGGGGCGGCGAUGUCCUGGUGACCGAGACGGCGAGGGGCAGCGGCGCCUUCCUGCGGGAGCUCCCGGGCCUGUCGUGGGAGCCCGACGGCGGGACGUGGACGGCCGCGAUCGUGGACGUCGACGUGGACUCCCCCGAUCAGGAGCUGCUCGGCUUCGGCGGCGCGUUCACGGAGGCGGCCUCCACGGUGUUCUCGCAGAUGGGCGGCGCUGCGCAGGACGAGUUUCUUGACCGCUACUUUGGCCCCGAGGGGCUGGGGUACACCCUCGGGCGGGUGCACAUCAACAGCUGCGACUUCUCGCUGGAGGGGUACAGUUUCGCCGAGCGCAGGGACGAUUGGGACCUCGCGGGCUUCGACGACUCCGUGGGGCACGACGUGGACAACAACCUUAUUCCUCUCAUCGCCCGCGCCCAGACAGUGGUUCAGGGCAAUGGGCAGCAGCUGAAGCUGAUCGCGUCCCCGUGGAGCCCUCCUGGCUGGAUGAAGACCAGCGGGCAGAUGGAUGGCUCCGACGACCCCGGGCUGCGCGCGGAGUGCCGCGGCGUGUGGGCCAAGUACAUCUCGCGGUGGAUCUCGGCUUACGGGGCCCACGGCGUGCCGAUCUGGGGCGUGACCGUGCAGAACGAGCCUGGUCACAACUCCGCCUUCGAGUCGUGCCGCUUCUCGGCGGAGCAGGAGGCUGGGUUUCUGGCCGACCACCUUGGACCGCAGCUCAGGGCAGAUCACCCGGGGGUCAAAGUCUUUGUGUUUGACGAUAACAAGGACAGCAUCCUGGAGUUUGCCGAGGUUGUACUGAAGCACCCCUCCGCUUCGACCUUUGCCGACGGCGUAGCGUUCCACUGGUACUCGGGCGACUAUUUCGACAGGGUCGCCGACACGCACGAGAAGUUCCCUGAUGUUCUUCUCUUGGCAAGCGAGGCCACGUACGACGAGUUUGGCGGCAAGAACGAGAGAGACCCGUGGGAAUUUGGCGAAGGAUACGCGCACGACAUCAUAGGCGAUCUGAACGCGGGCGCGGUCGGCUGGAUCGACUGGAACUUGCUCUUGGACGAGGCUGGAGGCCCAAACCAUGUCGGCAACACCUGCCAGUCGGCCAUGACGGCGGGCCCGGGAGCGGAGGCGCUGCAGCUGCACCCGCAGUAUUACUUCAUCGCGCACUUCUCCAAGUUCAUACCACCAGGCUCCCGCCGCCUGCGGACCCGGGUCGGGAACCGCGCGGCGGGCGGAGCGGCGGGGGGGCGCUACUACGGGAGCUGCAGCGGGGCCGACGGCUUGGAGGCCACCUCCUUCCUGAGGCCCGACGGCUUCGUCGUCGUCGUGGUGCUGAACUGCGGGGCGGAGGCGAUCGACUUCGCGCUGCGGCUGGGCGCGGCGCUCGUGCGCACCACGGCCCCCCAUGAGAUCCGACGCUGCGACAAAAAUGCACCCUCGCGGAAAAUCACGACAGGUGCCCUGCGGCAUCUUCCGAGCCCGGUCGAUCUGCGAUGGCCCCGGGUCCGGGGGCCGGGCGAAGACGCCGAAUUUGAAAAGAUUGCAGCGCCCAUCAUCAUCAUCAUCAUCAGCAGCAUCAUCAUCAUCGUCAUCAUCGAGCUCGAGGUCCCCCCCCGCGCCAUCCAGACGUACGAGCUGCCGCGCCGCGAGGGCCCGCCGCCUUGCGACCCGGUGUGCGAGCCGGGCUUGCGCCCGGACGGCUGCCGCUGCAUGCCGGUCGAUUGCCCCGAGCACUCCGAGGGCGACAACGUGUCCUCGGGCUGCGCGUGCUCGCCGGGCUUCAGCGGCGCCAUCGAGGGCUCCGGCGCGCCCCCGUUCUUCGUGGGCGCCUGCUGGCCCGAGCCGUGCCCGCUGAACUCGGAGGGCGCCAGCGUGGCCAGCGGGUGCGAGUGCGCUGCAGGGUGCCGCGGCACGCUGGAGGCCGCGCGGCAUCCGCCCUUCUACCGCGGCGGCUGUGAGCCCGAGCCCUGCCCCGAGGGCUCCGAGGGCCUCAGCAUCCCGGACGGCUGCAGGUGCCGCGCCGGCUUCCAGGGGGACGUCUCCGCCACGUCCAGCGAGCCGUUCUACUCCGGGGGGUGCGUCCCCGUGCCCUGCCCCGCGAAUUCGGAGAGCGCCAGCGGCUUCGUCGGCGACGGGGGCUGCGACUGCAUGCCGGGCUACUCGGGCACGGUCGGGGCCACCGCGCAGGAGCCGUACUACGACGGCGCCUGCGAGCCGAUCGCGGCGGAGGGCAGCAGCGCCCUCGCUUAGGCACGUAGGUAGGUUUUCAGGCUCGGUCACCCCUUCUCGGGCCCACCACUUUGUCAGUUCAACGGGGGUACGUCUCGAGGCGCAGAAAGUAGGCCGCGCCGCGGCCACUGGCCGUCGCGCUCGAGUCCUCGCUAGCGUCAUGGUCCGCGCGGCAGUGUGCAGACGAUCGGCGCAGCUUGGCAUGCUUCGUGGCGAGGGGGAGUAGAAGUACAGUGAUUACAGGGUGCGACGGUUGACUACGCCGCACACGUCGCACACGUCGCACACGUGGGAGCUCGAGGCGUCCCCCCGCCCCAGAGUUGCGCUUCCUCACUCGGGGCGCGCUCCUCCAGCUGCAUUCGUGCUGCCCCCGUAGUGGGGGAACAAGGAAUGACAAACACAAAAACUCGGAGGUCCGCGCGGAUUCUUCGGAUCGGCGCUGGGACCAGAGGCGCCGCC